UCACUAAUGUAACCAACGUAACGCGAGGAAAUAAGAAUUGCUGCCAUCAAUUAAUUAACCGGGCAUCGUUUUAAUUGAUCUAUUUAUUUUGUAUAUUACUUAAGAUUUACAGUUAUUAUGAGACCGUACAAGUUAACAUUUUUUAAUUGGAGAUAUUAGUUGGGAUAGCCUUGUGUUCAUUAUCGGCUGACAGGUUCUAACCCUUAUCACAUCAUUGACCAUAGGCAAGUUGUAGAAUUUUACUUACUAUAGGAGACUUCAAUUAACUGUUGAUGAAAGCUGAAUGUUGGUAACUUAUUUUCUAGUUGUAAUAAUGUUAAAAUGUUCCUGGUAACCUCAAUAGAUUGUCCAGUAGCCUAUUUCCUAUCUGCUGACUUAAAGGCUUAGACCACAAACAGCUAGGGCUUAGGGCCUACAGGAAGCUUUUUUAAGCAUUUCUUCGAGUUCGAGCAUCUUUAGGCUCACAUCGAUUUUUGAGCUCCUAUCAUUAAGACUAGGAAUGAUAUAUUUUUCGUUUAACUUGUGUACUUAAUCUGUAAGAGGAAAACACCACAGUCAUGGGAAACAAGAAUAGUUGUUGUGCAUACUCAAGCCCUCCUACAAGUCGAAAGCAGAAAAAUGAUUUUGAAGAAGCGGCACAAGAAGGUGAAGAAAGUGUUGGAAACCUUCAACAUAUUAGUGAGCGAGAACCAGAAGAUUGUGAUGCUGACCCUUCUUUGCAUCCAAUGGCAGGAACAAUAUUUCUUGAAAGAUCUAAGGCAACAUUUGAAAAUGGUCAACUUAUAAGGAAGAAAAGCCAGAAUCAUAUUGAUUCAAGAGGAAAUUUAAAGAAGAGUAGUUCUUGCUCAACAAUAUAUCUGGAUGACAGCACAGUAUCACAACCUAACCUCAAAAACACUGUGAAAUGUGUCUCUCUGGCCAUAUACUACCAUAUAAAGAACCGGACCUCAGAACGACAUAUAGACAUAUUUGACGAGAAAUCGCAUCCUUUAACAAGAGACGGAGUUCCUGACGAUUACGAUAAGCACAACCCCGAGCACAGGCAGAUAUACAAGUUUGUCCGAACACUGUUCAACGCAGCUCAACUGACGGCUGAGUGCGCUAUCAUUACGCUAGUGUACCUGGAAAGGUUACUGACAUACGCGGAGGUAGAUAUCACUCCGGCCUCGUGGAAGAGGAUUGUUCUAGGAGCCAUCUUGCUGGCGUCCAAGGUGUGGGACGAUCAGGCGGUGUGGAACGUCGACUACUGUCAAAUAUUGAAGGAUAUCACUGUUGAGGACAUGAACGAGUUGGAGCGUCAGUUUUUGGAGAUGCUUCAGUUCAACAUCAAUGUACCUUCCAGUGUGUAUGCCAAGUACUACUUUGACUUGCGCACCCUCGCUGAAGCCAAUGAUCUAGCUUUCCCCGGAGAACCGUUGAGCAAAGAGCGCGCCACCAAGUUGGAAGCCAUGUCUCGUAUCUGCGAAGAAGCCCUCAAGGCCGGCCUCAAGAAGUGGUCGAGUCUCGACAACGUCAACAACUCUGCAGCAAUACCGAGGAGAAGCAUCGCCAUUUUGUCUUAGUACGCUUCCGUCCCGUCAAUGUUAGUCUGUGACUCAUCACUCGACUCUGUAUCAGUUGUGAAAGUCCAUACCUUGCUAUUAGUACUUCUAAUCAUAUCAUCUGGUAUAAAGGAAAACGUAAUAUUACCUUGUUUAAACACAGAGAUUUAUGAUUUAAAUAUUAAAUUAUUUGUAGGUCCUUUUUUUAUUUUGUAUAAAUUAUCCCUGAAAGCAUAAACUUUAAAAUAAAAGUUUAAGAUAAUUUUGUAAGGAAAAAAAUAUAGGAAUACUAAUUUGAAGUAUUAAUAGAAUAUUUUGUUAUUUAAAACGCAUUUUAAAUUCAUUGGAGGUUUAAUAGCAAGCAGUUUUAAUGAAAAAAAUCGCUAAUUCUCUAUUUUGUCUCAAAAACAUUCCCUCCAAAAGUUCUAUAAUGUUUAUACAAGAAAUGCAUUAUGUGAACUUCAUUUUACAUUGAGACAAUCUAAACUUAACAGCUACCAACUCCUAAAUAAUUUAAUCUUUAAACACAUUUCACCUGAUUCUCCACCAUCUUACUUUUAAAUUUUCUAGUAGAGUUUUAAAUUAUCUUCUAAUAUUUUAUACAACUUUAGAUCUUUACGUAAAUGUUUUGAUGUGAAAUAAAAUAUACUGACAUCAUUUUUUCAUUUUCAUAGAUCGUGUGGAGUAAAUAACCUAAAUGUACAAACUCUACUCCAAUCAUCGAUUUGAACAAUUUAUUGCAGAUACAAAGUAAAAAUCUCUAUGUGUUGAUUGAAGGUAUUGUGAGCCAGGAUUCAAGCUGUAGACCGACUGAACCAUAAUGGUUAAUCGAUCACAUAAAUGGUUAAUGUGACAAAUAGUCGACAAUCGGUUAUUCUUUUGGAUCAGUAUAGUUUAAAAGUUUGUGUAACAGAGAUUAUUAAAUUUAAGUGAGCAUGCAUGACUUGCUCAGAUAAUUUUCUACCUGAAUCCAGACUCACAAAGAGUGGAUAUAACUGUUGUGAUGUCUAUAGUCAAUGUCAACUGAUUAUUGAGUGGUGUGUGAGUUUUAGACUAGGCAGACUGAUGUAUAUAUGUAUAAAGGCUCGUUGGAAGGAUGGUGCAUUUUCAGAACUGUUCCUAACACGUGCUUCCUCCCCUUCGGUGCUACUCAGACUGUACAUUUGCAUCGUCCGUAACACUGAUGCCGCCACAUUCUUUAUUUUUCACAACUCGUCAGCAAUAAUAUAUCCUUUAUGCUUUCUCCAUGUUUUGAGAUAGUAGAAGUACACAGGGUGAGAAUCAGAAAAUUGGUCAUUGUACCUGACAAAAUAUAUUCUAAUUGUAUUUGAAUAUCGAUAUUCUCACCAUUCAAUUCCAUACUAGUGUUAUAUUUAAGCUGGGUUGUGAUACGAGGUUUGUAAGAGAUGACCACGAGAUUGUGAUGUAAUUUAAGGCUAAAUGACUUUUGAGGUUGUUAAGUUAUGCUCAAAGCUGGCCCCCUGUCCCUCGCCUAUUGCAAUCUGCAUGAAAACGUACGGCAUAAGCUAUGUUUUAGUGUAAGCCUCAGAGCGGUAAAAUUUAUAUUUGGUACUAAUAAUGUAUUUAUUAUAUAGGCCUAGUCAAAAAUACCAAAGGGCUCCACAGUGAAGGAAGAUCUUGUAUAGUAGGCUUAGGCUAUUUUCUUUCGAGUUUAUCACUCGUACGUGCCUUUUCAAGCUCAUGAGCGAAAGCAUGCUAGUCUGCAAGUCAUUGUUUCACACAACCGAAACUAUCAACGAUUUUACCUUGUUGUUAUUUUCUUUUACCUAACAUAUUUUUAUUUUAAAUACUCAAAGCCGACUUGUGUGUUCUGGUAAUAUUGAUUGAAAUAUUUCAACAAAUUAUGAUUUACAUACACCAACUUGUAUGUUGCAUGUAAUAAAGCCAGUCUACUAUUUGAGCUAAACAUAUUGUUAAAUGAUCUUAUAUGUUGAGAACUACAAGUAUUAUUGUUAACUCUUAUGUGAAUUAAUUGCAUAAGCAAUGUAUUCACAUAAGAGUUAACAAUGAUACUUGUGGUGAAUAUAGGAUAUUUGUAGGAUAUGUGAAAAACAUUGAAUGGUCAAUGUAAAACAGAAACUUAACAAUAGAUUGUGUUUAAACAAACAAUAGAACUAAAAAACAAAAUGUAUCUACAGAAUAAGAGAGAUUAAGAGUAAGAGAUUAAUCAAUUUUAAAUAAACAUCAUUGUAUCUGAUUUAACCUAGGUACCAGUUUAUCCUACAAAUUUUAAGAAAUAUUCAUUAUUAGACUAGAACUAUUUUAUACUAAUCUUUCUAUUGAAGAAUCUUUGUAAGAGUGAGCACAAAAACCCAAAAAUUAUCAAUCCAUUUCAAAAUACAUCAAAUAUUUGAUGCUGCACAUUUUAACAUUUACAAAUGUUAACGUUUGUACAUAUUUAUCAUCACUCUUUAAUGAAAAUAACCUUGUACAUAAUGAGGUAGCUAUGUAGAAAUGUUAAAAACUAUGUCCUCAAUGUGAUUACCAUUUGGUAAAGUUUAAAUAGUUUUUUUAUACUUUUUUCAAAUCAGAAUAUAAUAUAUCUUUCAACCAUGUACAGUAUGUAAAUCUGGUAUAAGUUAAGAGUAAUAUAAUGAUCUAACACCAUUCUAGGAUAAUAAUGGAGCACUAACCAUUCCAAUUAAUUUGUACAUCCGCCCUUUACCCUGUAGGUUGUAGUACAAAAUCAAAAAUUAACAAGAGUUGCCAUGUCUAUUUUAGGAAGUCUUAAUACAUUUUAUAAAUUAUAUGUACAAACUCCUCAAAAAUUAUACAGUUAGACUCCCGAUUAUCCCGAUUGGAUUAACCACAAUCACAAAGGAAAUAUAAUAUGCAAAUUAAAUGCACGUUAUACAGAAGGCCCAUCAACUCAUGGACAGACUAUAAGAGUUGUUUUUUUUCUUCACUGACAGAUGCGUCAACGGGUACAACCAAUGAGUUGAUAAAUUACAUUUUGUGUGUGUUAUAAUUUUUGUUACACAUAAGUUCUUCAUUAUUUGUUUUGAAAAUAGAAGCGUUUUGAAAGUUUCUA